AUGAAGUACUUCAUCCGGCUGGACAACGAGUACUCCGAGCUGUUCUCCUCACUAUGGGGCAUCCUGGCUGGUGACACCUCGUCCUUCUCCCCAGGCCUAUGCAACUUCUUCAUGUCAUCGUUCAAACCUCCCGUCUCCCCCACCGAUGUCUUAAUACAUCGUCAACCCAUUAACAGCUUACAACAAGCUGACGACAUCGCCGCAUUCACCCGGGCUUUCAUCAAGGCCCUACAACCUACCCUUGACUAUAUCCACCUGUCAUGGGAGAUCGAGGUCGUCAAGGAGUUUACCUACACCGGUCUAACCUUCUCCUCCUCGAACGCGAGCAGACUGUUCUUCAAACACUUCGAAUCGAAAGCCAACUUGUUAGCGCGAUAG